UCCCAUAAUCUCAAAGUACGGUGCAGUGUCGUGAGAGUGUCAGCUACCUCUUCUGUUAAAUAGGUCUCUAUGAUCAUCGCAUAGCCCAUCACUGCUAAACAAGCGUUUAGGUAGUUGAGCGCGCUAAUGAUCGAGCAAUGGUGGAGGCAGCGGCUCACCGAGGCAUUUGAAUGUCGCUUUAACGCUUAGCUAUGCGACAUUUGUGCUUUAGUCGGCUAGCGUAACUGCUUCAAAUCGGACCGUCUGACUUUAAACGGAUAUUUCGUCGGUUAAACCAUUCAGUACAACACGUCGUAUCGCAGCACAUAUUUCAGUGUUGUCGGUAGUGAAAGUAUUCGAACGAACUGUAUGAUUGUUGGGCUCAUGUGCUCGUAGUAAAUGUGUCAAACUUGAACUUCAAAAUUGCUGAAAACAGCUGUUCGAUUGUAGCUUUCAGCUUACUUUAGUGGAAAACAAGUUUUCGAAUUUUUCAACUCUGAUCGCUACUGUCGUGACCGUACCACGUCUAAAGUAUGCAGCACAACAGUAUGACCCAACACAAUCCCACAAAAUCAGAAGAACUGGAAUCUCUGACAACGAAAAAUGGCAGAACAGCGCAAAUUGUUUCAGGCCUUAAUAGGCCGGCAGAAAAAGUACCGCUGGGCGAACAGAGUCGUGCAGUACGACGUCAAGAAUUAAUGGUAAUACUUGGUAAUAUUGGAUUGCUCUCUACCGGAAUGGCGCUGAGUUUGCCAACAGUCACUUUGCGACAGUUGACGGACCCCAAUGAGGCUGUUCAUCUUAGCGAGUCACAGGCCUCAUGGUUCGCUUCCAUCAACACACUUUCAUGCCCACUCGGUGGUCUACUGUCUGGCUUUUUACUGGAUAAAAUGGGUCGCAAAAACACACUCUAUGUGUUAAAUGGCAUUGCGCUUGCAUCAUGGGCUCUGAUGGCUUUAGCGGUGGAAAGUAACGCCAAUACUGUUUUUAUACAGCUGAUGAUGUCGCGAUUUUGUAUUGGUAUUGCUAUGGGAAUAGCCAGCGCUCCAGUUGGUGUCUACUCCGCCGAAAUAAGUUUACCGCGCAUACGUGGACGACUCAUUCUUGGCACAUCGGUAUCAAUUGCUUCGGGUAUUCUAGUGAUGUACAUAAUGGGAUAUUUUAUUCGGAAUGACUGGCAGUUAAUUUCAAUGAUUUGCUGUGCCUAUCAAAUAGCAGCGAUGCUUUGUGUUAUUCCAAUGCCGGAAUCGCCCAGUUGGCUAGUGUCUAAGGGACGUUUUGAGGAAGCGAAGAGAGCGCUUAAUUAUUUUCGUGGCUUGGAAAAAUCAGACGAAAUCACUCAUCCUGAAGUACUUGCCGAAUAUAACUUACUGCAGAAAUCUAUACAAUUGGGCGAAGGUGUUAAGAAACCACCAUUUUUGAAAAGCAUACGCGAACCAGAGGUCUACAAGCCACUUCUAAUUCUCAUGGGUAUGUUCGCUUUCCAACAGUUAACAGGCAUCUUUGUUGUAGUCGUUUACGCUGUACAAAUCUCACAAGAGGCUGGCGUCACUAUAGACCCAUUCAUGUCUGCUAUCAUGAUCGGUGUUGGACGAGUCGCAACCACAGUAUUGCUGGGAAUCAUUUUAGAGAAAUGGGGACGUCGUCGUUCGGGUCUUGUGUCGGCACUUGGUAUGUGCAUAUGCAUGUUCGUAUUGGCUGGCUAUAGAUGGAGUUCAUGGCUACAACUAAUACCAUAUUUGCCGAUCAUUGCAAUUAUUGCCUUCAUCAUCUUAAGCACAUUCGGGCUCUACACGUUACCAUUCUUCAUGAUAUCUGAGCUCUUCCCGCAGAAAGUACGCGGAGCAGCUUCGGGCUUGACAGUGGCGGUGGGCAUGUGCUUCGCCUUUAUCUGCAUUAAAACAUAUCCGGCGAUGAAGAAUGCAUUAGAUAAUGACUAUUGCUUUGUUAUUUACGGUAUUAUGGCAUUCAUAGCGGCGGUUUAUGUAUACGCGGUGCUGCCGGAGACACGUGGACGGACACUGCUCGCCAUUGAAGACCAGUUCCGUACUGGCGUGAAAUCGCAACGUUAUCAAGCCGCUCCAGUAGAAAUGCAGGAAGUGUCCGUCAAAUGAGCCAAUUGUGUGUAGAGAAAGAGAACUAAUUAAUUACUUGUUCUACGUUUAAUUUAAUUAGGAAGUGAAAGUGGAGUUUUAAUAAUGCUACCAAUAAGUAGAUUAACAGUUAACUCAAAAAAAUUUGCAUUUAAUAUUGGGCGCAAACAAAAAGAAAAAACUUUUCGAAAAGAAUAAAAUUAAUGUAAAACUUAAACUGUGAUAGGUUCAUUCGCUGGUAGAAGAUUUUAUUACAGUUAGUGGUUUAAAUUUUA